GUCGAUUUAUUGCAGCAGUCAGUCUAACAAAAAAAAAAGAAAAAAUGAGGGAAAUUGUGCAUCUCCAGGCCGGUCAGUGUGGAAACCAAAUUGGUGCCAAGUUUUGGGAGGUGAUCAGUGAUGAGCACGGCAUUGACCCAACUGGCACAUACCACGGUGACAGUGACCUGCAGCUUGACAGGAUCAAUGUCUACUACAGUGAAGCCGUAGGUGGUAAAUAUGUUCCCCGUGCUGUGCUGGUUGAUCUGGAGCCAGGAACCAUGGACUCUGUGAGAUCCGGACCCUUCGGCCAGCUCUUCAGGCUAGACAACUUGGUUCACGGCCAGAGUGGUGCUGGUAACAACUGGGCCAAAGGUCACUACACGGAGGGUGCAGAGCUAGUGGACUCUGUCCUGGAUGUAGUGAGGAAGGAGGCAGAGAACUGUGACCGCCUGCAGGGCUUCCAGCUUACACACUCUCUUGGUGGUGGUACUGGCUCUGGGAUGGGCACACUGCUCAUCAGCAAAAUCCGUGAAGAGUACCCCGACCGUAUUAUGAAAACCUACAGCGUGAUGCCCUCACCCAAAGUAUCAGACACAGUCGUUGAGCCCUACAACGCCACACUGUCAGUCCACCAGCUUGUAGAAAACACAGAUGAAACCUUCUGUAUUGACAACGAGGCUCUGUAUGACAUUUGUUUCCGCACCCUUAAACUUACAACCCCCUCAUACGGUGACCUCAACCACCUCGUCUCUGCCACCAUGAGCGGUGUUACCACCUGCCUCAGGUUCCCCGGACAGCUCAAUGCUGACCUGAGGAAGCUGGCUGUAAACAUGGUGCCAUUCCCUCGUCUGCACUUCUUCGUGCCAGGCUUCGUUCCCCUCACAAGCCGAGGCAGCCAGCAGUACAGGGCCCUCACUGUACCAGAGCUCACCCAGCAGAUGUUCGACGCCAAGAACAUGAUGGCUGCCUGCGACCCACGUCACGGCCGCUACCUGACAGUGGCUGCUAUCUUCCGUGGCCGCAUGUCCAUGAAGGAGGUGGACGAACAGAUGCUGAACGUGCAGAACAAAAACAGCAGCUACUUCGUUGAAUGGAUCCCCAACAACGUGAAGACCGCUGUCUGUAACAUUCCUCCCCGUGGCCUCAAGAUGGCUGCCACAUUCAUCGGCAACACCACAGCCAUCCAGGAGCUGUUCAAGCGCAUCUCUGAGCAGUUCACAGCCAUGUUCAGGCGCAAAGCUUUCCUCCAUUGGUACACCGGCGAGGGUAUGGAUGAGAUGGAGUUCACCGAGGCUGAGAGCAACAUGAACGACCUGGUGUCCGAGUACCAGCAGUACCAGGACGCCAUGGCUGAGGAGGAGGGAGAGUUCGAGGAGGAAGGAGAGGAGGAGCUUGCCUAAACCUAAACCCUUCAAUAACAAAAUCAAAUGUUCAAUGUUUAAACGUGUUUUUUUCUGUUCACAUUCAUGAACUGUAUAUUAAUCCUGAAGUAUUAUAACCUUAAGAAACUUGUAUCUGUUUCACUCAGAUGAAUUCAUACUGGCAGACUUUUAUUUUUGACUUCACUGAAGCCUUGUUUCCUGCCUUUCUGAUGACAUCACUCGUGUUUUUUCAACACAUGAAUGAAUAAGAAAAUUACUUUUAUUGAAUGUAAAAAAUCUGAAGUAUAUGUUAACCAUUUCUUUCUUUGUUGUUGUAAAGAGCAGUGAACAGAAACAACAAUCUGCUGAUUAAAGAAAUAUAACACAAGACUCAGCGAAUAAACAAAUAUGUAAACAUUGAUUUUAAAAAGUGGAUUUAUGUUUCCAACAGGCUGAAAUAUGAAGUUUUUACAUUCAGAAAAAAGUUUACGGACUCAGUUAAACAACAAAAUAAAUCGAUGUUUAAACGUG